CACUUUUGACAAUCAGCGAUUCCGAUUCGUCGUGGUGAUUCCCCUUAUUUUCUCUAUUUGACAAGAAUUUCGUAAGCAUCUUUGUCUUACAUGAAGAAACCUCAAUAAGCUAUCCUGUAGCCCAUCACCAUAAUUUCUUUGCGUUUGAAUUGCAUCAUAAUAUUAUAGAAGAUAUUGUUUUUGUUUGAUCAUUAAGGAAUAAUUCAUUCUUUAGUAGCCUUAUUCUAAGUGUUUGUCGCAAUCUGAUAAGUUUGCAGCUUUAUCCCAGUGUUACAUAUUCUUGUUCAUACUGAGUAAAUAUGGGAGAUAUGGAAGUAGAAAAUUCCACUGCGCAAAACGACGUGAUAUUCGAGGCCCACGAGAAUGCUCCGUUCGGCAUCGAAACGGCGGCUGAGGCUGCCCCUGUGCCGCUUUCACCGGUGCAAAUUCAACAAGAAUACUUUGAGAAUCUGCCUGAUUGUGACUGGGUGAAAUAUGAACUGCACAAUAGAAACUAUUUGCUUCAAAACAUGGCAUUUGCCCUAUUUGGUAGUCCAAGCACAGAAGGCGAGCUCAGUGAAGUAAGGAAUGAAAGCGAUGUACAUCUCGAGGGCUAUACACACAGGCAAAGGGAACAGGUGAUGAGGGUCUAUGAGAAGGUGUGUGAACAGAGCAAAUACACUCAAAAUGAUGAAGAUGUGAUGAUAUCAGUACUUCUAAUAGUAUGUGCCAGACCGAAACCAGUGAAGUUCUACCAGCUUACACCAUCUAACCACUGGUUAGAUCUGCAUCAGAAGGCCGACAGUGAAAUAUGGUGCACAGCUGUGUUUAGAGUAAGGAAAUGUAUUCCACAAACUGUGGGUGCCAAGUCAUGUAAAGUGUUUAUCGAUGAAGACGCUCGAGUGUACCAGGACUGGGAGUCUUAUUUGCUCAACAACACGCAACCUAAAUGUGUCCUUAUAGUGCCUGAGAAUGGAGAAUAUGAUGGGACUAUUAUUGAGGGAGGCGAUCAAACAUUCGCAGUGAAACUCACAGUAGCACCGUCCCCCACACUCGGCAUCAAAGCGCAAGUGCUCAGCACAGUCGAUACAGCGAGCACCGUAGCUUCCAUCGGCGCUAUAGGCGUACUCGGUGUGGCCGCGUUCACACCUGUGGCGCCGGUUGUACUGGCCGGGGCCGCUGUGGCCACAGUUUCUACGUGCUUGUACGGGCUUGUGAGGUCGUCGUUACAUCUGCACGAUCGGAGUUCACAUGAGCAGACCAUCAGCCCCACGGACGCCGAGGCCCGCGGCAGCUGGCUGAACAUCGCGGCAUCGAGCGUGGGCCUGGCCGCCGGCGCUGCCUCCAACCUGCUGGCACGUUCUGCCGCUGCUGGCACUAAUAUGACCAAAACUGGGCAAGCUCUCGCGGUGUCCGUGGAGGUGCUCCGACAUGCGAAUUUGGUGACAGGCGGCGCAGGCGUCGUCAACAGUCUCGUUCACAUAAUACUUAAAUACCGCCACGGCGAGCAGCCGACGAAACUGGAACUGUUCCAGUUCACAGCAGCGACUCUGUUCUUCUGCCACGCCGUCAUGUCCAACAAGACGGCGCAGAGCAUCAUAGAAGACGCCCAGGCCAAGGCCAUCAACGAAUAUCGGGCCACGCUCAGGAGUAAUAGACACAGGAAGAUCUUUGACAAGCUGAGCGCCGAAUCUCGCCGAGUGGCGGGCACCGUCCAAGGCAACACGGAGGUCAUCCGCGGCAUCCAGAGCAUCGGCGACAAGGACCAGUACUUCGCGUCCGUCCUCAAGAUCAACAAGGACAUCAACACGCACAAGCUCCGCAUAUCGAUGACCGCUGAUGGACAAGUCAACUUAAACGCCCAACAUAAGUUUAACCCAGCAGACCUUAGCAUGUUGGAUUCAAAUGGUAGGAGCCAAUUGUUCAACUCCCUAGGGCCUGAUACGCUACCAGCCAAAAAUGUUCCUACUAAACUAUCCACACCGAUCACAGCUUCAAGAUAUAUUGAUACCCAAGAAGAAGAAAACAACAACCUCCUAGUCGGCAUACAUCCAGGUGAAGUUCUACGCAUUGGUACGUAUUUGGUACGCAUCAGCGCUUCAGGAACGCAAAAUAUAGCCAAACUCCUAGAAGAUUUAAGCCAGGAGAUAUACGCGAAUCUUAUGACUGUAGUCUUUAAUAUUCUUUCUAAUCUCUUACCCAACGAUAUAGCCAGGCUUAGGCUGUUAAGCCCUGACGAGGAUUUGGUUAUGCAGAUCGUUAAUUUUGUCUUUAACUAUAUGAAACAUCAGAGGCCUUUGGGCGAGCCGUGUGCGGAAAAUGACAACGGUAUCAUUUACGUGUUGAAAGAGUUCUUCCAAGAAGGAAGGGUGCGCCAGGAUAUCAUUCUCCUGUUGAAGGAUCGUCUCAUGACGUGGGUCGAAGAAGAGAUCGAUGCUAGAGCGCAGAGGUUUCCAAAUAAGAAGCAAAUCAUUUGUGACCUCUGUCAAGGAAUUCGAUUUGCGUAGAUGUUGCAAAGAGCAAAUACGAUGUUUCCAUGCUUUGUUUUAUGUCGUUCCCUUAAAUAAAAGCUUUGUUACAUUUUUUACAAGCCGAACAUACUUUUUCUAGUUAUAUUUUAUUGAUUUUAAAUAAAAGUAGCUCAUUAUUCUGUACUGAUUAUACGUAUUAAUACUUUCAAGUGCUUAAUGUCGUUAAUCGCUGUCGAUAAAACAUCUGUCCUUCUUACACGUAUUAAAAAAAAAACACUAAUGUUUAUUUAUAGCGGUAAUCGGCAUAAAAGGUAUAUCAUUCUGCAGUAACUUAGCAGUAGCGUAGCGUAGGGGUUGCGUUGUUCACUGAGUAGCAAAUUAGCACAAAGUCAGUCUAUUCUGCACCUACUUUGUAGCGACGUAGUGCCACUAUACGAUAGAAAACCUACAACACAAAUUGCCUAUGAGGCAAAGCCUUCAAUGCAAAAUGUAUACGUAAGAAUGUAACAUACGCAGUAGAAAGCCAGGCGAAAGAGACCUACUAACUUUAAAAUAAAUUACGAGUAUGUAUACGGUCACCAAAAAGGAUAAAAUUUAGUGAAAUUACACUUUUUUCAUAUUUGACGACCGGUUUGGCCUAGUGGGUAGUGACCCUGCCUACGAAGCUGAUGGUCCCGGGUUCAAAUCCUGGUAAGGGCAUUUAUUCGUGUGAUGAGCAUGGGUAUUUGUUCCUGAGUCAUGGGUGUAUUCUAUGUAUUUAAGUAUUUAUAAAUAUUUAUAUAUUAUAUAUAUAUAUCGUUGUCUAAGUACCCUCAACACAAGCCUUAUUGAGCUUACUGUGGGACUUAGUCAAUUUGUGUAAUAAUGUCCUAUAAUAUUUAUUUAUUAUUAUUUAUUUAUUUAUUUACACGUUGAUCCGCUGUAUAACCGAGACAGAGCUUUGAAAAUUAUAUAGCGAUGUCCUGUUUGCACGCCGCCGUGGCGCGCGGAUCCACGUCCGUGUGACCGAAUCGUAACUCUUGUCGCUUGCCAAAUAGGUGCAGAGUUAGAUUGGCCUGACUCUAGUUUUAAGUAUUUCCCACUUGUUACAAAGUUAAUGUGUAAUUUUGUUAUCAAAUGUGUCACUUACGUCACUGCACACUAGCAUUAUGCAUUUUGUACGUGUUUUGAUAACAAUGAGUUGGUCACACUCUGAUAAAAUACAUUACUUAGUAUACACGGAACAUAAACUUAUGAAUCAUAGAACUGUUUAACAUAAACAUAUCAAAUGAGUCCAAUAUCGGAAUUUUCUACGCCUAUUUUUGUGAUACAUUUAAUAUUUUAUGAAUCUAUUGUAAAGUGAGUUUUUCACUGUGAUAUUGUAGUUACUAAAUUAGAGCUUACGUUUAUCAAAUAUCAAAUAUGUAUGUAUGUAUAGAAAAAAGUGAAUUAUAUAAAGUUUCACAGUGAUACCAAAUGUAAAUACGUGUUAUGAUAAUUAAUUAUUGUAUUAUUAACCUAACCCGACCUAUAAAAUAUAUAAGUUACUUGUUUUCACGUAAUAAUGUGAAUAUUGUAUGAAAUAGAAAUCUUACAACAAUAUUCACUUCGCCGAAUUUGCGUCAUAAAAGCUCUGCAUCUCUUUUUGUAUGGUACGUUAUGAAAGACAUUCAACACGAAUACUUAUACAAAUAAGUAUAGUGAAUAAAAAGUAGCGAAGUAAAACACCAAAAUAAUAACACCGAAAUAAAAUAUGCAACGUGUUCGUAUAUUGGAAUGUAUUGUAGUCGAUCAAAAUACUUCCUGUUUGGCUAAAAAACAACUGCUUGUCGUAGCUGAUUUCCUGAUAGUAACUAUACCUUUCAUAGGUAAAACGCAUGCUUUAAUAUAUCGCACUUUUACGCGAUCAAGUGUUCCUUUGCUGUCUGUAUUCAAAAUUCCACACCCUUUUACAACUUAUGAUAGCUUUAUAUUAUAGCCAGUUAUAAUUAAUUAGUUUAAUUUAUAGAGCAUAAAUAAGUGCCUCAUUCAAGUGCAAAAAAGCGUAUAGACAGUUAAAUAUAUAGAAAUAUUACGAAUGUAACUUUUAUAAUUGCUUAUUGAAAUCAAUAAAUGAUAUUGAGGA